AUGUACCGACUCCUAGCCACCCGAUUUUUCAAGACCCCCACCACCCGAUAUUUUGCUAGAAACAUGUCAAAAUCAGAACAAGAAUGGAGAGCGUUGCUCUCACCCGAACAAUUUAGAGUCUUGCGCCAGAAUGGUACUGAGGCUCCCGGUACUGGAGAGUACAUCAAGACUCCAUCCGACACCAAUGCCAUUUAUACGUGUGCUGGGUGUGGCAACCCGCUCUACGAAGCCUCCACGCAAUUUGAUGCCCACUGUGGAUGGCCUGCGUUCUACACAGCGAUUGCGGGAUCCAUUGUCACCAAUGUUGAUGCUAGUCUUGGAACUAUUAGAGAAGAGAUGAGAUGUGCCAAGUGCGACGGGCAUUUAGGCCAUAUCUUCAAGGGAGAGGGCUACAACACGCCUACGGAUGCCAGACACUGUGUGAACAGUGUGUGUUUGAAGCUAGAAAAGAAGUAG